AUGUAUACAGUGGUGGCCCCGAAGUCGUUGCGGACAAACGCCGAUUACCACAUCAGUGUCUCACUAUAUGACAUAUCGGCACCCAUUGAAGUGAAUGCCACUGUUCUCGGGCCGGCACACAGUGCUAGCACAGGUGCCGUUGCUUUCAGUAAGGCUGAGUCCAAAAUGCUAACCCUAGCGAUCGGCGAUUGGCCCGAAGGCACCUAUAGGUUGCAGGUGAAGGGAAAGGGCGCCAACUUUACCACAGUCUACGAGAACCCGGAACAACAUAACCACCAUUACGGCGGCUUUAGACGGCAGAAGCAUAUCCCACAUCCCAUUACAGUUAAACCCAAAACUCGUGAGACGACAGCCGAGGGGUUUAUAAAUGAAGUGACGCUUACAUAUGAGGCCAAAAGUGUGUCGGUAUUCAUACAGACAGACAAAGCUAUGUAUAAACCCGGACAGAAAGUACAGUUCAGAGCCGUUGUGGUCAACCCAUCGCUGAUUCCCAAAAACAAUAUUUCUAUUGAUAUACAUAUUAAGGACGGAAACGGGAAUCGUAUCAUCCAAUGGACAAAAUUGUAUCCGAAAAACGGUGUCAUCUCUGAAGAGCUGCAACUGUCGGAUCAGCCAGUGUUGGGCGACUGGACUAUCGUUGUGGAGGCGUUGGGACACAAGACAACGAAGACAUUCACUGUCGCCGAGUAUGUGUUGCCCACGUUUGACGUGGAGGUAGUGCUGCCCACUUAUGUGACCAGAAAUCGGUCAGAAGUGGUCGCAACUGUUAAAGCGAUUUACACCUACGGAAAGGCUGUUAAGGGAGACCUCGUUCUUACCGUUCAGACCAAAAAUCAUUACAACCCGAGUAAAUACCGGACAAAGACUACGAUCGACGGAACCGCUACACUGCCCGUCAAUUUGUUGGACGAUUUGGGACUCAAUCAACACAUCGGCGACUCUGGUCUUGAAAUUGAAUUCUCGGCACAAGUGAAGGAAAAGUUGACCGGAAAGCAGUACAACAGAUCCAAUACUAUGAAGAUAUACGACAGGGAUGUGAAGGUAGAGCUGAUAAAGACGUCGAAGACAUACAAACCGGGAUUGAAAUACACGGUUCUCGUCAAAGUGGUCACACAAGACGGCAAACCUGUGGCCGAAAACGGACCAAAACUCAAACUCAAAUACGGCUAUUCAUGGAAUGAAGAGGAAUGGAAAGACAGUCCAUUACUGUUGUCGCCAACCAAUGGACUCAUUACUGUAGACAUAUUUCCGUCCAAAGAUGCAGAGUCUUUGCAGGUGAGGGCCGAAUAUAUGGGACACACUUACCAUAUGGACAGUAUCCAGAAGGCGGAGUCCCCGUCCGGGAACUACAUCCAAGUGAUCCGUUCCAACACAACCGACAUAACUGUCGGACAGGACGUGAAAUUCAUAGUGAAUGCGACCGAACCUAUCGGACGAUUGGUGUGCGAAGUGAUGGGAAGGGGAGACAUAGCGUGGGCUAAGAGUUUGGACAUUCCCACUAAUAUUAAGGCCGGGUAUGAGUUGACUGUCGCGACUGUCCACCAAAUGGCGCCGUCGGCGAGGAUUUUGUGCUAUUAUGUGAGACAAGACAAUCAGGAAGUGGUGGCCGACGCUCUCAACUUUGAUGUGGAGGGAGUGCUUCGGACGUCCGUCACAGUCGAUACUGAUAUUCAUGAGACCAAACCGGGAGCGAUGGUUGGCGUUCGGGUCAACACUCGGCCCAACGCUUUUGUAGGUAUACUGGGUGUCGAUCAGAGCGUACUUCUGCUGAAAUCCGGUUACGACAUCAGUCGCGAGGAUGUGAUGAACGAACUGAAGACCUACGACACGGCCAAGAAGUCGGCNUUGGCGUUCGGGUCACCACUCGGCCCAACGCUUUUUCGCGAGGAUGUGAUGAACGAACUGAUCUGGAUGCUGUGCCGGUUCUUCAGCCGGCUAUCGCCCUUAAUGCCCAUAACCACCGGCCCUAGCAGCUGGUGGCGACUCUAG